AUGGAGAUCGUGGACCAGCAGAUCUUCGAGCUGAAGAAGCUGUGGAAGAACAAGCGGCUCCUGCUGCACCAGGGCCUGAACCUGGCCAUGAUCGUCUUCAGCGCGUUGAUGAUCUGGAAGGGCCUCAUGUUCGUGACGAAGAGCGAGUCGCCCGUCGUCGUCGUGCUCUCCGGGUCCAUGGAGCCGGCGUUCCAGCGCGGCGACAUCCUCUUCCUCAACAACCAGGACAACCCGAUCCGCGUCGGCGAGGUCGUCGUCUUCAAAAUCAAGGACCGCGACAUCCCCAUCGUCCACCGCGUCAUGAAGGUCCACGAGAAGGCCGACGGCGCCGUCGAGCUCCUGACCAAGGGCGACAACAACCGCGUCGACGACCGGGGGCUCUACGCGCCGGGGCAGCUCUGGCUCGCGCGCGAGGACGUGCUCGGCCGCGCCAUCCGGGGCGGGAACAAAAUGAUUCAAGGCGCCAUCGGCACGCUGCGCUACGUGGGCAUGGUCACGAUCAUCCUCAACGACUACCCGGCGCUCAAGUACGUCCUCGUGUCCAUCAUGGGCCUCUUCGUCCUCACGAACAAGGAGGAGGCCUAA